AUGGAGCGGAUACGAGACAGAGAGAGGCAGAGAUCUCACAUCUCUCCUCGCCUCGCCUCUCUCUAUCGGAUCACGCUGGAUCUUCCCUCGCCUCGCCUCUCUCUGUCACACCCGCACCGGAUUGCGCCAGAUCUCCCAUGGGCGGGCGGCGGUAGCACCCGUGCCGCCGGACAGCCACCAGAAGGCGGUAGCACCCGCAUCCGCAAGACGUUCGAGGACUGCUGGGCCACCAAGUCCAUCCUCCUGGGCUACGGCGUGCACAUCGACGAGUGCGACCUGUCGCUGCACGACGGGUUCAAGGACGAGCUGCACGCCUCGCUGGGCUGCGACGGCAGGCUGCCCCAGGUGUUCGUGGACGGUGAGCACCUGGGCGGCGCCGAGGACGUCCGCCGCCUGCACGAGGCCGGGGAGCUGUCCGAGGCGCUGGACGCCUGCGAGAUGGCGCUACCAACCGUGGGCGGCAAAGGCGCCGCGCUAGAGGCGUGCUCCGGGUGCGGCGGCGUCCGGUUCGUCCCGGGCGCGGCGACGAAGAUCCCUUGGCGAGCGCGACGGGCGCAGUCACUGAUAAGUGGGACCAGGGGCAGACACGAGCAGACGACAGCGGUGGACGAGAGCGUCCGCCUCAUAUCCAUUUCUUUCCAUUUUUGCGUCAGGUUUGGGUCGGGACGGCGGACAAGCGGACAGCAGGCGGACACAUGCGUCCGUUUGGGUCAUCCCGUUGGGCCAGCUUUUGUGUCCGGAUGA